AUGACAGAAAUACCUCGAGCAGAACAACUUGAAUCGACCCAGAAUUUUUCUUACGAUAAUCACAUUCAGUCAACUAAUGGUGAGGAUGAUGUUUUCAAGCCUCCAUCACCGAUCCACAGAACGAUGAAGACUGGGGAGACCGUCUAUGACAAAUCAAAUUCCAAUACAAUGGAUUCUAUUGAUUUAAACGAUUUGGAUGGGUCUGUAGCUUUGGAUUACGUCUAUCAUAUUAACUGUCAGCAUCCAAGCGGUGAAACAGGAUUCAAGUCAUUAUGUAGUUCAGUUGGAUGGCCUCAACGCCCAAUGUUAGACAGAAUUAGUCAACUCGAUCCUAAUGUUCCUGUCACCUUUAUAUAUGGUUCUCGAUCAUGGAUGGAUCUAUCAUCAGGAUAUAGAACUCGUGUAUUACUUCCUAAUUCGUACGUAGAUGUAAAGGUAAUCGAAGGAGCCGGACAUCAAGUGUAUGCUCAGAUGUCUGAAGAAUUCAAUGCUUAUGUAAAUAUGAUUGGACAACGCGUUGACAAUGGUGACUCAUUUACUCCGGGAGUUUAUAAUCCAAAUCCAGACUCUAAAAGAUCAACAUGCUUUAAUGGUACGAAUAAAACCAAUGAAAAUAUAGAGUCCCGUGGUAACAACACUUCGAUAAAGGGACAUAAUGGCCGUAUUCGCCAUAAGCGUUCGUCUUGUUCAUCACUUCAGGGAGAUAGUUCACUGCUAGCUCAAUCUAAUCGUUAUAUUCAAAACAGUAAGCCUGUUUUUCCAAAUGAAGAAGCAUGUGACGAAGCAUCCGAUUAA